GGAGAGUUACCUUUACAGUCAGGUAACCAGCGUUACCUGGCCGGAAGGAUAUAUAUUCCCCAGUCAUGGAAUGCCUGUAUGCCUGGACGACCUUCCUCUUUCUAGUGAGUGGCCCCUUACUGGUGUGGGCAGGAGAGUGCUGUAAAGCUCAUUUCGACGUACUUUUUUCCUACAACAAGGAAAAGUGGUGUGACGACUACUGCUGUGUCCAGUUGGGAAAAUACGACUGCUGUAGUAACGUCCUGCUUCAGGCGCCAUCUAGCGAGAGGAAAGACCUUUGCGCCGCUUACUUCUCCCAACACGAGUGGGUCCCUGUCCUGAUAGGACUUGGCUGCAUUGCUGUGGUUGUGGGGGUCAUUAUUUGUAUCUGUAAAUCGUGUUGUGGUCACAGUAGAGCAGGCGUGGUGAUGCAUGGCGCAGCAGGACCAGGUGUGACGGUGGUGAAUUCAAACACUGCAAUAGCCACACAUCAACAAGCCGGCUAUCCCGUGCCGCAACAGACAGGUUAUCCCAUGCAAUAUCAACCAGGCUACUCGAUGCAGCCACCACCAAGUUACCCAGCAUAAUGAGUGGUCACUCCAUCAACCCGGAAUCAGAAUUUAUCGUAGGAUUCAAUUUGAAGUGAAUUCAAAUGACACAAAGUAAUGUCAAAGCUGAUUUCUCAUGAUGACUUUUUCAUUCUAAAAUUUACAUGGAAAUAUUUCUUAACACACUUUGUCUUACAUUGUUUAUAUCAAGUAUCUUUUCUGCAAUUCAAUUUCUAUCAAUAUCUUAAUACAAAAUAUUCAAAUGGCUAUUCUUUUAUUUACAAGCUACAGGAACAACGAUUGAAAUGUAAUUGUAUAUUCCCGGUGUGCACUUUCCUAAGAUUGUAUGCCAUUCUUAAAAUUUGUUUAACAUAAAAGCAAGUUAAGAAAACAAUGCGUCCUUUCUUUAGCAAUGUAAAUGUUUUAUUUCGAAUUAGAUGUAGAAAAAAGUGUAAGAAGUAACGAAUUAAACAAAAAUGAUGAUUUGAGCCUUUUAUAAUGAAAAAAAUACUGGAGAACUGUAGAACUGCAAGACGCUUCAUAAUAAAAUUGAGUUUUCUUA